UAAUUUUAAACAAAUACAGAAAAUGGUUGUUUUCGCUCCAGAUGAAAUAGGACUUGCCGAUAAGUCACCCUGUGCUGGUAUCAGAGCUGAUCUCAAGAUGUGUUUGUUAAAUACGGAUUGCUGCAAAAAGGGCAAGAAAACGCCUCGAGAAUGUUUAAAGUCAGGGGAUGUUGGAGACGAGUGCAUGCAACUGCGACAGGCUUUUUUCGAGUGUAAACGAUCCUUACUGGACAAUAGAAGAAGAUUUCGAGGGCACAGAGGAUACUGAAGUUAUGUAUGACAAUUCAUUACUGAAGUUUAGUUUAUUAUUUUACUAUUAAAACAACAAAUGUGUAGUAUCAAAUAUGAAUUCUUGUUUUCCAAUAAAGUUACCAAAAAUACUAAAUAAAAA